UUUGGUUCAUAACUCAGUUUGCAGACUGUUGGCCAGUUUGCUAAGCUGAAGCUCAUAAAUACAGUCGAAACUUUAUCUUGGCCGCUAAAUCAUUUACAUGUGACAUUUGCGUCUGUAAAUUAUUUUAUGUCGCAAGUUGCACGGCUGAUAGCGGCGUGCUCUGGCCAGGCUUUAUCUACUAAACCAUAAAAUACACAGGUACUUUGAUUUUCCCGUUUCCAGUUCCAGGGCCGUAAAAUGACCGGUCAACACAUUUUUAUAAUAACCGCUGCAUCAAUAAUUUUUAAUGUUUAUGCCAUUAAAGUACCGGCGGAUUUUAAAUUCGGAGUAGCCACUGCUGCCUAUCAAGUGGAAGGAGGGUGGAAUGCCAGUGGAAAAGGUGAAAAUAUUUGGGAUCGUCUCACACACACCCAUCCAGAACUGAUAGCGGAUCAUAGUACUGGCGACAUAGCCUGUGAUUCCUACCACAAAUGGAAGGAAGAUAUAGACAUCCUUAAAACGGUCGGUGUCGAAUUCUACAGAUUCUCAAUAUCCUGGUCGCGAAUUAUGCCGACAGGCUUCACCAACAAAAUCAACCCUGAUGGCAUCAAAUAUUACAACGACAUUAUAGACGAACUACUGAAGAACAACAUCGAACCGAUGGUGACGAUUUUCCAUUGGGAUUUGCCGCAACCAAUUCAGGAUUUGGGCGGCUGGACAAAUCCUCAGAUCUCGGUCUACUUCGAGGAUUACGCCAGAGUGGUAUUCGAGAACUUUGGAGAUCGUGUUAAAAAGUGGAUUACUAUUAACGAACCUUCCAGUAUAUGCGAGGAUACUUACGGAAAGGGAAACAAUGCUCCAAAUAUUUUGUCCCCAGGCAUCGGGGAUUAUCUGUGCGGCAAAACGAUUUUACUGUGUCACGCUCGCACCUAUCACCUUUACAAAAAUGAAUUUGGAAGACAACAAAGAGGUAAAAUUGGAAUAACAAUAGAUUCUAUAUGGGCAGAGCCAAAAACCAAUCAAUCUGCGGACAUUUCAGCGUCAGUGCGUGAAAUGCAAAUGGGCACAGGUUGGUGGAUGCAUCCAAUAUUAUCUAAGGAGGGCGACUAUCCAGCAAUAAUGAAAUCUAGAAUUAAUGAGAUCAGCAAAGCAGAAAACUUUUCCGAGUCACGAUUAGUUCCACUUUACAAACACGAAAUUAAAUAUAUUAGGGGAACGGCCGAUUUUCUGGGAUUAAAUCAUUACCACACUUGGCUGGUUUCCGAUAAUAAAUAUCCAAUCACUGAUCCAACUUCAUUCAAUAAGGACAAAGGAACCAAGUUGGAAAGAGAUCCAAAAUGGAAAAACCCAUUAAUAACACCAUGGGGAAUAAGAAAAUUAAUAAAUUGGGUAAAAGAUGAAUACGAUAAUCCUUUAAUUUACAUUACUGAAAAUGGAUACCAGGAUGAUGGGUGCUUAGAUGAUAAGGAUAGGGUUUUAUUUUAUAAAGGAUACAUAUCAGAAGUAAUUCAAGCAGCGACUACUGAUAAAUGCAAUGUUAAAGGUUACACAGCUUGGAGUAUAAUGGACAAUAUGGAAUGGAGAUCUGGAUACACGAUUAAAUUUGGUCUUUACCAUGUUGAUUUCAGUAGUCCCAAUAGAACGAGAACACCAAAAUCAUCAGCCAAGUUUUAUCAGUAUGUAAUUAAAAAUAGAAAUAUACCCAAUGAUAAAUAAAUACAAUAAUUUAGAUAUU